CAUUCUAUGCCGAAAAGCGGAAAAACUAAACAAAACGAAUCAAGCCGCUAAAACCCUAGCUCCCCCUACCGAAUGGUCGCCGCCCUCCUCCGCGCGCCACCAUGCUGCUCCGCCGCCUCCUCCACUCCUCCCGCCACAUCCAGCACGGCCUCCGGACCGUGACUCCGGCCACCUCCGCCGCCUCCUCAUCAUCCUCCUCUUCCCCCUUUGCAUUUCGCCGCCUCCCGGACCUCGUCCCCUCGCGCGUCCUCUCCCCGCGGCUCCUCUCCACCUCCGGCCGCGACGACGACCGCAACAAGCCGUGGAACUUUGCGGCGGAUUCGGGAGAUCCGGACCCCUUCGCCAAUGAAGACGCCGCCGCCGCUGGCGCUGUCGAGGGGCCGACGGUAAGAUCGACGCGCGCCGCCGACGAGCCCUGGGCGGCGGGGUUCGGCGGGGAGGACGGUGACAAUGGCGACGUGUUCGAGGGGAUCUACAAGGAGGCUGCUUCGGCGGCGCCCGCGCGCGGAGUGGCGGCUCCGGCCGGCAAUGACGAGCAAUGGACGCUGAGUGGGGACGACGAGGAGAAGGAUCCUUUUGCCGCGGCCGUGCUCGGGGAGGGGAUUGAGGGGAUCCAAAGUGAGGGUGCUGGGCUCGAUGACCUCGAUGCUGGGGAGGACCCUGAUGAUGAGCUGAAGCGGCAGCAGAAUAAGGCGAGGGAGAAGGAGCUGAUGGAGAUACUCAAAGGUCCAAAUCGUGCUUUUGGUGAUCUCAUUGCUGCCUCUGGGAUCACAGAGGGAAUGAUUGAUAGUUUGAUCCUCUUAAAGGAUGUCAGAGACAUUCCAGGAUUGCCUCCCCUAAGUGAAAUUGAAGAUGAAGCCAUCCAGAAAUUGAAUGCAACGUCAAGCAGAGCUGAAGUUGAGCGCCAAAAGCAAGAGGACAUUGCUAAGGCACGAGUAAGGCAGGUUGAUGAGAAAGGAAGGGCUUAUGGAACAGGGAAAAGGAAAUGCAGCAUUGCUCGUGUUUGGAUUGAGCCUGGUGAUGGUAAAUUCAUUGUCAAUGAAAAGGAGUUUGAUGCUUACUUCCCAAUCCUGGACCAUAGAGCUGAACUUCUUCGUCCAUUUACUGUGACCAAGAAUUUGGGGCAUUUUAAUGUGACCUGUACUGUGAAAGGUGGUGGCGUAUCAGGACAAGUUGGAGCUAUCCGCUUAGGGAUCAGCAGGGCCUUGCAGAAUUGGGAACCAGGACUGCGUCCAUAUCUCAAAGCAGCUGGAUAUUUGACGAGAGAUUCACGUGUGGUUGAAAGGAAAAAGCCUGGAAAGGCGAAAGCAAGAAAGAGCUUCCAGUGGGUCAAGCGGUAACAGAGCCAUCUGCAGGGCUGCAUAUUUUGUUGUGGCAGGUCUCUGCCCUUUGUUGUGGGUAUCCUAGUCAACAGGAUCACUUGAUCUGCUGUUAUUUUCUGGUUCGGUCCAUUUCAGCUUGAUUCUGAAAUACUCUAGCUUGUAUCGAUACGAGGACCAUGCUACACUUUGGAUUCUCUGUUUCUGAAACGAUGAAACAGCAAAUUGAUCUAGAAAAUAUCAUUGACCAAAUCGAGAUCAAGGAGUUGCUUUGCAGUGAGCUGCCAAUAAAACAGGCUGUGCCAAUGAGACUAAAUGUUCAGCUCAGAAGGAAAAACCCUUCUGGUCUCUUAGGAUUUAAUGGCUGGGAAACUGGUUUAGGAUGUCAACUGAUGAUUAUGAUAAUUUGCUUCCAUUUUUCUCUCUCCGUGUAUGCUCUUGCACUCCGAGCUGCAGCUUAUCAUUUGAGUAUGGUAGAGGAAUGAUAAGCGUUCGGUUUUUGUCUGAAAUAAAGAAGCAGGCAAAAUCCCAUUCUUCGGCA